AUGGGCCAGCUCCUGACAGCUUCCGAUAUCCCGUCCCUCUCCCUCCUCUACAAGCUCCGCAAGCUCUCGGCGCCCUCUCCCGGCGCCUCCCCGCUCCCCACGACGACCCGGCCGGGCCCGGGCGCCGACGUCCCCCCGCCGUCUAAGUCCCUCAACGACCGCGUGGGCCUGAUCCGCGGGGACAUCACGACGCUCAAGCUGGACGCGAUCGUCAACGCGGCCAACCGCUCGCUCCUGGGCGGCGGCGGCGUCGACGGCGCCAUCCACCGCGCCGCGGGACCGGAGCUCUACGACGAGUGCCGCGCCCUCGGCGGCUGCCCGACCGGCUCGGCCAAGAUCACCAACGGCUACGGGCUCCCCGCGCGCAAGAUCAUCCACGCGGUCGGUCCCGUGUACGACCCGCUCGACCACGACAAGUCGGAGCGCCUGCUGACGGGGUGCUACACCCGCAGCCUGGAGCUGGCGGUCGAGCACGGCUGCCGGACCGUGGCCUUCAGCGCCAUCAGCACCGGCGUGUAUGGGUAUCCGAGCCAGGACGCGGCGCCCGCGGCGUUGGGCGCCAUCCGGAAGUUUCUGACGGGGCCGGAUGGGGAUAAGAUCGACAAGGUGGUGAUUGUGACGUUUGAGAUGAAGGAUGUGGAGGCUUACAACGAGUUUAUCCCGCUUUUCUUCCCGCCCGUAGCCGAAGAUGAGACCACAACCGACAAUGAGGAGGACGAAGCGAGAGAAACCGAAGCCAAACUUACCGCCGAGGCCGAGGCCGUCGCCAGCGAGCUUCCCAGCGCUCCGACCUCUGACCCUUCCGACACCGGACCUGCCGGCAAGAAGCAGAGACAAGGAGAGGACUGAACGAUGGACAACAUGAAAAGGGAAAUAAAAAAAUAAACAGUAGUGAUUCGACUGGCGUUUGGGAGAAGACAGGCUGGGAAAGGGUUUGGGAUAAGGGAAACGGACAAUGAUAUCCUCCCCGCGAUGUCUCUAGUGGACGAAUAAUAUUGGUUCGAUUCUGUUCUGAGGCGCGUGAUAUACAUCUGUAGCAUGGAUCAAGCUUCCUUGCAAUGCGAGCAGCCGGCGCAGUAACCAU